UUAUUGAAGUAAGUUUCCUUAAUUUCUAAAUUUCCUUCAUCUCUAGCUCCUCUAUUCUCCUAUAUAAGUAGUCAACCAUACCCAAAUGCUAGAACAAUAUUAGAAACCCAAGCUUUCUUUCAUAGAAUUCUAUAAACCUUCGCUUCUCUGCUUUGAAUCUUCAGAAAAAAAAGAAGAUUACUUUGGUUAGUUUGCAGACAAACCCAGAAACAAAUUAGUGUCUAGCCAGCGUCUUCAGAAUAGAAGAAAGCUAUGUCUAGAUCAUCUGUAACUUUGUUGUUUUCUUGCUUUCUCAUCGCUCUCUGUCUCCCCAAUUCCUCUGCUCAAACCUGCAAUUCUUACUCUUUCUCAAGCAACAGAGAGUACAGUUCAUGUGUAGAUCUUUCUGUUCUCAACUCCUUCCUCCACUGGAGUUAUGAUCAGUCAGCCGGAACAGUCGAUAUCGCCUUCCGGCACACCGGAACUGACUCCAACAGAUGGGUUGCGUGGGCUCUAAACCCAACUAGCCAAGCCAUGGCUGGUUCACAGGCACUGGUGGCAUACCAGAACUCUAGUGGUGUAAUCCAUGCCUAUACUUCUCCAAUAACUGGCACCGGCGGCACAACACUUGCUCAAGGGGAUUUGAGUUUCGGGGUUUCUGGGAUUUCUGCUACGCUUGAGAAUGGAGAGAUGACGAUUUUCGCUACGUUGCAGCUCGCCGAUUCAUUGUUGUCUACAAACCAGGUUUGGCAAGAAGGUCCAAUGAGUGGAGGUUCUCCUGCCAUACAUUCCACAACUGGUAGUAAUAUGAUGUCUGUUGGGAGUAUUGAUUUUAGAACUGGACAAACAAGUGCUGGCGGAGGAAGUAUCACCUCCAGACAAAGGAAAAGAAAUAUUCAUGGAGUGCUGAAUGCUGUGAGUUGGGGAACUCUGAUGCCAAUGGGAGCCAUAAUUGCUAGGUACUUGAAGGUUUUCAAGUCAGCAGACCCGGCAUGGUUUUACAUUCAUAUUGCUUGUCAAACUUCUGCCUAUAUUAUUGGUGUUGCUGGUUGGGGAACUGGUAUGAAGCUUGGCAGUGAUUCUGCUGGCACUCAGUAUAAUCCUCACAGGAAUAUUGGCAUAACCCUCUUCUGCCUUGGAACUCUUCAGGUGUUUGCUUUGCUUUUGAGGCCAAAGAAGGAUCACAAAUACAGAGUGUACUGGAACAUCUAUCACCACUGCAUUGGUUAUGCUGUGAUCAUUUUGAGCAUCAUUAACAUAUUUGAAGGAUUCAAGGUCUUGGACGGGCAGAAGAAUUGGAGAACAGCUUAUACAGUUGUCAUCAUAGUUUUGGGCUCCAUUGCUGUUGUGUUGGAAGGUUUUACAUGGUUCAUUGUCCUCAAGAGGAAGAGAGUGAGUUCUGACAAGUACCCACAUGCCACAAAUGGAGCAAAUGGUGUUAAUGGAUAUGGUGCCACAGAAGUUUAGUUCAUGAUUUUUAUAUAUCAUGAAUGUCCACUAUUUUUUUUCUUCUUCCCUUUUUUGGCACUUUUAAUACACCCUGAGUUUUAGGGUUUUCUGGAUGAUGCAUAUGUUAGAAGUUUUUGGUUGUGACCUGUGUGUUGCUCACAAGAGUCAUUCUUACACUUGGAUGGACUCUGAUAUUUGUUGGUACAUAUAGAGAGAUUACAUUAUUACACUUUUCCAUUAGUUCAUAGGUAUGUAUAAAUUCAAUAUAAAUAUAUACCCCAUGCUUCUUCAUUUAGAA